CAUUUUCAACAUGACCCAUGAAGGGAAAAGGGGAAAAUCUUGCAGGUAAAGAAGGAUUCUGUCUUUCAUCCCUGAUCUUUUACUUCUUUCUUCACCAGGGAAAUGAGGAUUCCAGGGAGCCAACUCUUGGGUGCAGUAAGGAAACCAUUAAUAUAGGAAGAAGGAAGGAAUAAUCUCAAGGUGAUGAUCUUGCCUAUUCUUGACUUCACUUACAGAUAAGACAGGAAAAAAGUAGCACCAAGUAUCUGUACUGCAAUUCAACACAUAUAUCACUGUUGACAUGGAGGAGAAAGCAUUUAAAUGCCUGGAAUGUGGAAAGAGUUUUACUCAGAGGCAUCAUCUGCAGCAACAUCAAAGGACUCACACUGGAGAGAGGCCCUAUACAUGCCUGGAGUGUGGAAAAAGCUUCGGUGAGAAUGGAACACUACGUGUGCAUCAAAGGACUCACACUGGGGAGAAGCCCUAUAAGUGUCUGGAAUGUGGACAGAGCUUCACUCAUAGUUCAAGUCUACGUUCACAUCAAAGGACUCACACUGGGGAGAAACCUUAUGUAUGCCUGGAGUGUGGAAAGAGUUUUACUCAGAGACCUCAUCUGCAGCAACAUGAAAGGACUCACACUGGGGAGAAGCCCUAUAAGUGCCUGGAAUGUGGACAGAGCUUCACUCAUACAUCAAGUCUACGUUCACAUCAAAGGACUCACACUGGGGAGAAACCUUAUGCAUGCCUGGAGUGUGGAAAGAGCUUCACCCAGAGUACAGAUCUACGUUCACAUCAAAGGACUCACACUGGGGAGAAACCCUAUGCAUGCCUGGAGUGUGGAAAGAGCUUCAGUGUGAAUGGAAAGCUACACAGGCACCAAAGGACUCACACUGGGGAGAAACCCUAUAAAUGCCUGGAGUGUGGACAAAGCUUCCCUAGUAGUUCACAUCUACGUUCUCAUCAAAGAACUCACACUGGGGAGAAACCCUAUACAUGCCUGGAGUGUGGAAAGAGCUUCGGUGAGAAUGGAACACUGCGUGUUCAUCAAAGGACUCACACUGGGGAGAAACCCUAUACAUGCCUCGAGUGUGGAAAGAGCUUCACUGAGAAUGGAAGUUUACAUGUGCAUCAAAGGACUCACACUGGGGAGAAACCCUAUACAUGCCUCGAGUGUGGAAAAAGCUUCAACCACAGUGGAAAUCUACGCUUGCAUCAAAGGACUCAUACUGGGGAAAAACCCUAUACAUGCCUGGAGUGUGGAAAGAGCUUUAUUAAGAAUGUCACUCUACGUUUACAUCAAAGGACUCACACUGGGGAGAAACCCUAUACAUGCCUGGAGUGUGGAAAGAGCUUCACUGAGAAUGGAAAUUUACGUGUGCAUCAAAGGACUCACACUGGGGAGAAACCCUAUACAUGUCUCGAGUGUGGAAAAAGCUUCAAACACAGUGGAAAUCUACGCUUGCAUCAAGGGACUCAUACUGGGGAAAAACCCUAUACAUGCCUGGAGUGUGGAAAGAGCUUUAUUAAGAAUGUCACUCUACGUUUACAUCAAAGGACUCACACUGGGGAGAAACCCUAUUCAUGCCUGGAAUGUGGGCAGACCUUCACUCAGAGUUCAGGUCUACGUUCACAUCAAAGGACUCACAUUGGGGAGAAACCCUAUACAUGCUUGGAGUGUGGAAAAAGCUUCAGUGAGAAUGGAAGUCUAUGUGCGCAUCAAAGGACUCGCACUGGGGAGAAACCAUAUACGUGCCUUGAGUGAGGGUUUCACUGAAAGUGGACUUCUACUUUCACAUCAAAUUACUCACACUGGGGAAAAACCCUA